AUGUCGAACAGUUGUUGUUCACGUAAACUAGAAGUUGAGAACCAAGUAAACGCUUUGAGAGGUGAGUUUUACCAUCAAGUUGAUUGCUAAUGUGUUUCAUGGUGAGUGUCGAUUUCUUAUAUAGGAACAGAUGGCAGAUUUUGCUUCGAAGGCGAUAACAAACUCCGUUUUGUAGCGCCAUAGACGAUUUGUAGUCUUUCGUAAAUUUUUAUGCAAUUUUUUUCAUAAUCUUGAUUUACAGAGAAGGUGAACAAGAACCCGGAGAAGGAGGAUUGUUUAUUCAAUAAUCCCCGGUUCAGCGACUUCCAAAUCAAAGCAGGACCGAAGACGUUCUAUGUAAGCCGCCUUUCUCGUUGUUUUAUUCCAAAUUUAGGUAACAAAACAUCAGUUGGCUCUCAAGUCCGAGGUCUUCCAAAGAAUGUUCAAUUAUGAUAUGAAGGAGACGAAUGAAGGCUUCUUGGAGCUACAGGAUGAUGCAGACGCUGUGAAAGCGAUGCUCAGAUAUAUUUACAUGUACAAGAAGGUGAAAGGAAACAAAUUGGCGAGGAAAGUUGUUCAUCUCGCACAUCGUUACGAAAUCAAUGAACUCAAGGUGAGUAUUGCGUAAUACGAUUGCUUUUUUGGUUAGUAGCCUUACCUGUAGAUGGAAUAUAAAAAUGUUUGAACUAGGAUGAUCAAAAAUUUUGAGUCUUGGCUGGUUUCUCAUAUUGUUCAUGAUAUUUUUUUCAAAUUAAUUUCUUGAUCUCUAGGACCAGUGCGAGCUGGAGAUGAUUGAUCGACUGACAAAAGAAGAAGCCCGGGAGAGCUGGCGAGUGGCUGAUACACUGGAUUUGUCACUCUUGUUCGUGAAAUGCAACGAAAUCCUGUAUUACGACUUCAAGGACAUUGAAGAUUCAGAGCUCAAAGGUAAAAGUCGUGAAAUUAUUACUUUCCACUUUUAGAGAACAUUCUGGAUGUGUCCAUCACACCCGUCGAUGACUAUACGGCCAAAGGGGUAUCGUCGUAUUUGAUUUUCAACAAUAGUAAAUUCAAAAUAUCGUACAACGUCUACCCGUGUUGGUGGGCGGCCAAUAGAGUACUUGAACCUGCGCAUGGUUGGAAGAUAGGGCUUCAACUCGAUGGGUUGCCUUCCUUAUUGAGAGAAAAGUGUGGAAUUUACUAUAGAAGGUAUGAUCCUGAUGCGAAAGUCAAUUACAAUGGACUUGUAAAUGAACCAUCUGCAACGUUUUAUUCUUUUAAACCCAAGUCAUAAUCCUUUUCGUUUCACUUUGUCACCCUCAAAAAAUUUAUAUAUUUAAAAUUUGUUACACAAUAAUUGACGAAAAUAAUAAAAAUAUAUUGUUGAAUCAAAUUUUAGUUGCCUUAAUGUGGAGAAUUUCUAGCUGCCGCAAAGUGGUUUCAAGCCCGUGCGAACGGGCUCGUUCAUUGACGGACCUGAUCCAGUGGGGAAGAACGCACCAUUUUGCAUCCCGGAAGUAUCAAAAAUGUGGCAAAAUGCUUCUCUUUCCAAGUGAAAAAACUUCGUUUUGAAGUGCGUGCGCACUUUUCCUCACAAAAAGAGCGGGCGCGCUUUCGAAAAUGGAGUUUUUGCGCUUGGAGAGGGAAGCAUUUUGCCACAUUUUUGAUACUUCCGGGAUGCAAAAUGGUACGUUUUUUGCCACUGGAUCAGGUUCCCCACUGUGUCCUUUGUCAAUCGGUGUCAACUGGAACCGAGACGAGUUCGGAAAAAUCCCUUCCAAACUUCAAGGUACCAAGAACAAGAGAGUUGCCGAUGAUUUACGUAUUUCACACGUGAUUUACAUAGCGUACCCUCUUAAUUCUGUGCUUUGUGCUAUUCCGACGAGCCUCCCCUUCACGCGACAAUAUAUUCAAGUUCGCCGAAAUAUGAAUGGAUUUCAACGUCGGGACUGUGUCCGAAUUUUUCGAGUCAAUAAAAAUUGUUAUAAAUGGUUCCAGCUGACAAAGUGCGGAUGCGAAUUUUGAGUGAGGGAAUCAUCGCUUGCGUAAGCAACCUGAAUUUAGAAGCUAAAUCGGUCCAUUCAGACGGGCUAUUGAUAGUAACGAUGUGCUAAAAAGAUUGAAAGCGUGAUAUUGGAACAGCCAGCCGCUAAAUAAUUUGUUAGUCGCUCAAAGGUGCUGAAGUUUGUUGUAGGAUGGAUGUGACAUCCAUAAAAUCUGUUAUUACCAGUACACUGUCGUUAUCGGAGUUUCAGGUGAGUGACGUCAUUAUUGCUUUGGUCUGUAUAUCAUUCUGUCGGGAAAAUAAUUUGGCUUUAUCGCAUCAAAAUUUCUCCUCUUGUCGCGAAAAGUCUCCCAGCCGUCGCAUAGCGAUGAUAACCGGUUCCAAGACGCGACGAAUCCACAUUAUUUUCCCGACAGACUCUAGUCCGUUGGAAAAGUCGAUACAAAAUCAACUAAACUUUUUUUGAUGUCAUACGUCCCCAGAGGUGACGUAUGACAUCAAAUUUGGGGUCUUUUGAUCUCCAUUGCGACCUUUCUGUCGACCGUAUCAAAUCCAACACAGUAUCAGGUUGUUGGGAAAAUAAUUUUCGAUGAGACAGAAGCCUCAUUAUUUUCUCGACAGACUGAUAGUUUCCGCACGGGUGAAAUCUCGUCAUUUUUUGCAGCAACAAGUUCUUUGGAUCCUAAUUGUCGGUGCAGUUCUUGCCUUUGCUCUGGGCUUCUCUCUCGGAGCUAAUGACGUCUCAAAUGCGUUUGGAACUUCAGUCGGAUCAAAAGUAUUAACCGUCCAUCAAGCCUAUUCCUUAGCAACUGUAGCCGAAACUGCUGGUGCUUUGCUGGUCGGCUACAAUGUGGUCGACACUAUGCGAAAAGGAGUGGUUGAUGUGAACAUCUACGAGGGCGAGGAGCGAUUGUUCUUCUUGGGACAACUCGGAGUCCUCGGAGGUUGUAGUACGUGGCUGAUGACGGCCACAGCUCUCGAUCUACCCGUCUCUUCGUCCCACUCGAUUGUCGGAGCGACCGUUGGCUUCUCAUUGGCGCUGAAAGGAACGGCCGGAAUUGAUUGGAGUGUCAUCUACAGAAUCAUGGCUUCGUGGGUGAUCUCUCCGUUGUUCUCCGCUCUGAUUUCGGGUUGUUUUUACAUUCUCCUUGAUAUUACUGUACUCCGAAGGAAGGAUCCUGUCAAAAAUGGGCUUAUUCUCCUACCAUUCUUUUAUUUCUUCUGCAUUGCCUUCAACACAUUCAAUGUUGUCUUCCAAGGCAGCAAAAUCCUUGGGUUGGAGUCGGUUGAUCUCGUUUGGGCACUUCUGAUUGCAAUUUUGGCCGGUUGUCUGGUCGCCGCAUUUUCCCAAUUUGUCCUUCGGCCCAUUUUGUUGAACUACAUUGCCAAAAACGACAAGAAAAACGCGAAAAACAGUGAGUUUUGGGAAUACAGGGUGACCCAAAAUAACGGAGACAAAUUUUUGAAGGGUCCCACCGCGAAACCCGGGCGUUAUAAAAACACAAGCGACAAUGGGUAAUAUUCUAUAAGACUUUCUCUAUAAUUCACGAAAAUUUGGCGGAGUCAUCAUGUCGCAGUAAAAAGUUACAGCUUAACAAAAAUGCCUUGCGCCGUUUUUUUGGCCCUCAAUUUUGGUUCCUUUGUGUUGUGUAGAGCAUGGCUGUACUACAGCCGUAGAAAUGGCAAGUUCAUUUGUUUUGCUAGACUACUACGUCUCUAAGCAAGCAGUUAUGUAGGUUUCUGGGCUACGGUUUUUAUUUCUACGGUGGUACCGAUCUCAACAUUGAAGAUCGCAACUUUUUCCAAAUUUUUUCCAUAAAAAAUUCAGUUUUUUUAGAAUAAAGCUAAAACCGCUAGAACGUAUUCUAUUCAUAAAUACAAUAAUUCUGGAAAACGCUGUGAUUGCUUGCUGGUUGCAACAGAUUUUCCUUAACAAGUUUCUCGCCCAGAACUACCCCAUGGCACGCGGCUUUGAGAAAGAUGGGUUAUCGAUAACAAAUUGACAAGGUAGAUAAAAACGGCGCAUUCUGCUCCUGUACACUUAUGAAUACGACUCUUGAGAAUCCGCCUAGGGCACUUUCGGUCUUUAUGUGUCACCGGCUCGACUGGUAUUCCGCCUACGGCAAAAAUAAGGCAUAAUCCUAGUGAUUACCAAAUAGCAUUCCGUAGAAGUUACAAAAUGUUUCUCUUUUGGUUCUAUGGUGUUCCUUUAAUCAUGUUCUAGUAACUCAUAUUGCAUUUUGCCUUAUCUAACGUUUAAGCUCCUUUUUACGCCUACAUUUUCAAAAAAGGCCGAUUUUUGCACUUCAACUGCCUGAAAAUACUCGGCUGUAACUUUUGAACCAUCGAUAGUUGAGCUUAGUACGAUGGCUCGUUUUAAAGGCCAUAUUAUGAUAAUUAAGCACAACAAAUAUCAAACUAUUCCGAAUUUUCUUUUUUGAGUAAGGCAGCUUUCUUGCAAAAAGACCCCACGGGCAGAAAGGUCCGAGUCGACCGGAUAUAUUCAUGUGGUUCAAGGCACAAAAGCGUCGUACAACAAAACUUCCGGUAUAUAAAACUACACUAACGUGGUACUGUAGUAUAAAUAAGGAAUCACUCAUGAAUCUUCAUAAGUCGCAGAAAAAACGGGAAAUCUUUUGUCUCCGUUAUUUUGGGUCACCCUGUAUUUUAUAUUCACCUUCAGAUGGUCAUCUGAUAAAUUAAAAUUUCUUUUUCAGAGCCAACUGUAAUCCCCGUGGACAUUGAAAUCAAACUGAAUGGUAGUCCAUUGCCCCUUCCAGCCCACAGUGUGGUGGAAAAACAAACUUUUGGUCUCCGUCCUAGGCAAUUUUUCCAUUGGCUUCUGCCUGUAAAACACCGAGAGGAAGAUGAACAUGCCCUCCGUCUGUUUUCGACCAUCCAAGUGUUCACCGCCUGUUUCGCGGGGUUCGCGCAUGGAGCCAGUGAUGUUGCCAACGCCAUAGCGCCGUUAGCCGCCAUGCUGGCGGUCUAUCAAGAGGCCAGCGUCAAGCAAGAACAGCCGGUCUCCAUCUGGGUGUUCGUUUUCGGGGUCUCCGCGAUCGUUAUCGGGCUCUGGGUCCUCGGCCAUCGUAUCAUCAAGGUGGUCGGGACCAAAAUGUCCCAUGUCCAUCCCGCUUCCGGGUUUACCAUCGAAUUCGGAGCGGCUGUGACCUCCGUUCUCGCUGCCAAACUUGGGCUCCCAAUUUCGACGACGCAUUCGCUGGUCGGGUCCGUAGUUGCAGUGGGAACGAUCAAAGCCGGCGAAGGAGUGAAUUGGUCGGUGUUCCGGUCGAUUGUAAUGUCGUGGGUACUGACUUUGCCCAUCACAAUCUGUCUCUCCGCGUUUUAUACGUUUUUGCUAAAACAAUUUGCGUUUUAA